GCAGCGGAGGAGAUACUUCCCUCGUUGGUUUAGGAGAUGAAGAGGCGGAUGCAGAAAAAAUACUUGAUUUUAAUUCUAGUAUACUCCGUGUUGCUUCUGCUAAUUCCUUACGUGUUGGACUACAGGAGUAAAACGAUUCGGUAUAAACAUGGACUUCAGCACCAGAGGUGCCCCGACGUGGAAAAAACACUGGCGUUAUGGAACGGCGUGGACAGAUCCAGCAAUGGCACUGAAAUAGCGGGGGACGUUUUCAACACGAGCAACAAGAUACACAUUUAUUUGCACGCAACAUGGAGAACCGGGUCUUCGUUUUUAGGAGAACUAUUCAAUCAGCACCCGGACGUGUUUUACCUGUACGAACCCAUGUGGAAUAUGUGGCAAACGCUGUACCCGGGAGACGCGGUGAGUCUCCAAGGGGCAGUGCGGGACAUGAUGAAUUCACUUUUCCGUUGCGAUUUCUCCGUCCUGAAGCUCUACGCCGGGACCAGCAACCUAAGCACCUCCGUCAUAUUCGGCUGGAAAACGAACAAGGUUAUCUGCUCAGAGCCCCUGUGCAAUGCCUACAAGAGAGACGAAGUUGGGCUGGUAAUGGCAGACGUGUGCGAGAAGUGCCAGCCGAAAAGCAUAAAGGAUUUGGAGAGAGAAUGCAGAAAGUACCGCGUCAUUGUCAUCAAAGACGUUCGCUUGUUAGAUUUAGGAGUGUUGGUUCCUUUGGCCAGGGACCCUAGCCUGAACCUUCAGGUCAUUCAACUUUUCCGGGAUCCGCGUGCUGUCCACAAUUCCAGGCUGAAGUCGAAGCUGGCGCUGGUGAAAGAGAGCAUCCAGAUGCUCAGGAGCAAGAAGCAGACGGAUAAAUUCAAGCGGCUGCUAUUGCCCAGCGGCAAGUCCACCCGUGCGGAGAGUUAUGUGGCGAGCACGAUAGAGUUGAUAUGUGACAACUGGCUCAAUGACAUGUUACUGGUCGCAAACGCACCGGAGUGGCUAAAGAGGAAUUACAUUCAGAUACGCUACGAGGACCUCGUCCUUUACCCGGUGGAAGAAUUGCAACGGCUGUACCGUUUCUCAAACCUCACAUCCUUCCCGGGUAUGGAGAAAUUUGUUGUUAACAUGACGCACGGGGAGGGAUACUCUUCCGAAAAACCGUUCGUCAUCUCAUCGAGGGACGCUAAAGAAGCGAUAUUCGCCUGGAGGGAGAGGCUGAGCCUUGAGCAGAUUAGUCAAGUGGAAGCCUACUGCAGCGAGGUCAUGCGCCGACUGGGGUAUGACAGUAUGGAUAAAAUGUAAAGCCUCCAGACGUUGAGAAUUGAGGGGCCUGACGCACAGGAGAGGGGAGGAGGGGGCGCCCAGCCACAGAGAGUCACUGCGGGCGUGGGGGGGAGAAGCAGGAACGAGGAAGCACACUGCCGGGUCCUCCUGGCCGCCUUCUCCCACAGGAGCCAGGAAGUCCCACAUCGCUAAGGGUUACACGGCAUCAUGUGCAUUCCAAAGUCCUCUCCCAGACUGAUCUGCCUGCAGGGGAAAGAGAGACAGAGGGAGGACGCAGUGUAGCCAGAGGCCUAACCACGUGCUGACAUCCAGGUUCCAUCUGCGCUAAUCCCCUCGCAAUCCCUGGUUGGCUCUUAUCAGCGCAAGGCUCUCGUUACCUGGGAGACAGCUUCAGGCUUGCCCUUAUCCCUGUCCCCUCCCAUGCCUGCCUGGCACUUCCUGCACCUCUUCUCUGACCGUAAACCUGGGGUGCUGGGCCCGUGUUCCCAUCUGUGACACCCAAACAGUGUUCUCCGAAACCAAACAGAUGAACGAAAGGUUGUCAGUGAAGUGUUUGGAAGUGUUAUCAAGAUAGGGGCGAGUAUGGGCUUUCUCAUACGCGUCCAGCAUUGAAGAGUCCAUCAGAGCUGGCCGUGACCGAAGCGGUACUCAAGUCAUGUGCUCUCCUGUACCACGGGGAGAGAGGAACCAGCCAAUCUGAGCCCUUCCUCCUGCAGCACAGAGAAAUCUGGUGUCCUCUCCCUCACCGACAGAAUGCUCACGCCCCUGUGAAAUUCGCCAGCAUCCUGCAGACAUGCCUCUGAGGCCACCCACCUUCACCAGGCAGAACGCUGUGUGUGGGUACCACCGAAAACUCACAGCCUGCACACAUACAUACAAAGAUUAAUCUAAAGACUGUGUUAGGAGCUCAAGGACUUC